GCCACGUUGCAUAUUUCCAACCCCAAGGGUUUAUCACCGCAGUUCCUAUUCUUCCUGGCAAUCAAAACCCUCAAAAAACACCCAAUUCAAUUUCCCGACUACUCUUUCCACCAUGAAGCUCCUCCGCGCUAUCUCAGGAAACAAUCGUGCUGUGGUUCGGGCGUUAGGGCGUCGGAAUUUCUGUGCACCAGCGGAGGAGUAUGCGAAGCGAAAUUAUGCCAGCGAUGAGCCUGGGUACAAUACUGUGAUUGGCUCGCUCACUGCUCAGCGAAGGAAUUAUUUGCUGAGGGAUGUGUAUGACGAUAUGAUGCUGGAUGGAGUGAAGCCAGAGAGGGACACAUUUCACUCACUUAUUGUAGGGACAAUGAAAGGGGCUCGAAUACAAGACGCAUUCUUUUUCCGCGAUGAAAUGAGAGCUAUGGGUCUGGUUCCAGAUGUGGCUCUGUACAACUACUUGAUAUCUACCUGUGGAAAGUGCAAUAACUCUGAUCAGGCAAUUUCGCUUCUAGAGGAAAUGAAGAGAUCAGAAGUGAAACCUACUGGACAAACCUUCAUAUGCUUACUUCAUGCAUGUGCAGCAUCUGGAAGAGUUGACCGUGUAUAUGCAAUAGUACGAGAUAUGACCGCUGCUGGUCUUGGUUUGAACAAAUUUUGCUAUGCUGGACUUAUACUUGCACACAGGAACAAGUCACCUCCCUCCAGUGAUACAGCUUCCAAAAUUCUUGAGCUCGUUGAACAGUCUAAAGGAUGGUCCUCAGUUGAUCAUACAACAGACAUUGCUGAAAAUGUUAUGAAGGGAAUUACUGAAGAAGAACUAUACAAUCUGCCCACAGCGGAAUAUGUUCAUCGCCGUGCUGGAUUCAUAGCCAGACAGUUAACUGUAUACCAUGUUGCAUUUCUUGCUUGUGCUGACCUUAAGGAUGUCCAGGCUACUGACAAACUUCUGGAGAUGCUAGAGAAGGAUGGGAAAACUCCUGAUGUCUUUAUACUGAUGCAAAUUAUGAGGUGCGUUCUUUCUGUUGGGGACUUGGACCGGGGGUUGAAAUUUUUUGAAGAGUACAUGAAUUCAAACAGAGUCCCUAUGGUAGAACUUUUUUCGACUCUCGCAGAAGGAGCGAUGGUUGGGUAUACAGAAAGGGGCAUGCAAGUUGCUCAAGACAUUCUUGUUGAUCUCAAUAACAGGGGCAUGUUUUUGAGUUUCAAAAUGGCAAAUGAUCUCCUGUUAGCUGCAUCUGGUGAAAAGACCGGCGGGUACACUGUUGCCAACAUGUUGUGGGAUAUGAUGCAAUCUCGUAAAAUGACCCCUUUGCUCCCUACUGUCGAAGCAUAUCACAAAGGGCUGAAAGAAAGAGAGAUACCGGAGGAUGAUCCACGACUGAUGUUGGUAACCACGACUCUUAACAAUCUUAAAGCUAAAGCUGGACCAGGAGGUGGAAGAUAGAUAAACUAAUGGAUGAAAUUAUUUUUUGGGUUAGGAUUGAGCAACAUGAGUUUAUCUUCUUGAUUUGAUGGUUUUCUUGUAGCUGAAUAAUUCCUAUAGGCAGGUACUUUCUUGCUAUUUUGCAUUGAGCGGCUUGUUAUGAUUUCAGUGUAAGCCUAAAAUUGCAAUUUGAAAUGUGCGUCGCAAAAGUGAUGCUUUGAUUCUGUAUUA